AUGGACCUGAAUCAACUCGUGAGUCGUAAUCAAACUAUUAAAAUAGUUCCUUCCAUUGAAGAAUACUUGCGUUCCACUGGCCUAAAUGUGGACCUGGACGACAACGUGAAACUGUGGCUGAGUCAAUUGAAAAUAACAUGGAAAACUUGGAAGAGAAGUGCAGCCAUCGAAAGCCACAUUGAAAUGUUUUUCUACUCUGUACCAGAUCCACACAGGGUAGCUCUUGUUUUUGUCAUCAAAUGUGAAGAGUUCAAAGAUUGCAAGCCAAAAACGUUACCGUAUUUUAUCAUAGAAACUUUGCAAAAGUGGUCUCAGACAAAUGGGGUGUCUCCUGAAGAUUCAUUAAAAUUACCUGGAUAUCAUGUAGCAACACAACAACGUAACCAGCACUUUCUCAACUUGAUUGUAAAGACCUACAAAAUCUACACUAUCAAACAGACAGUACUACCCAUGGUCAAAGACUUGAUAAAGGAGGAUAACUGCAGACAGGCAUCACAAAUUGUGAUAGCCAUGGAAUUAUAUGAUGAUAUACCAGUUGAAGAUUUGAUAUUUCCAUUGAUCUUACAGGACAAAGCAAAUAUGAUAGAUGAAUAUUUAACAGAGUGCCCUGACCAGGUUAAGCCAUUGUUGUCAUUUUUGGAUGGCUUACUUGACAAAAACUUUAGUAUCCGUGAAUAUGUGCAAAAGUACAUAGAGGAGAAAAAAAUUGGUCAUAUCAGGUAUGAAAAAUUACAUUACAAGCCUCUUGGAAAGCUUGUGGCCCGCUUAUGCAAUAAAUUUAACAUUCCUAUUGAGACCUGCAGAAAUCUCAGCAAAAAUCGAACUACUGGAGGACUCAGAUAUUUGAUACAUCAAAAAUACCAAGAGAAUAAUGUGAGCUUGUCUGUAUGGGAUGACUUAGUUAAAGAUUCAUUGAGGCAGAGUGCCGACUCGGCAAAGGAAUUCAUUGAUAUGUUAACAGAUUACGAUAAAAAGGAAGCUAUGAAAUGGGCAGAGUACUUACACAUACCAAAAAGUGAUUUACCUCUUGCUCUAAAAGAUUUAUCUUUAAAUGAAGAAACUAAUACAGAAGAAGAUUGGGAUACUCAUUUGAAUUCUAUUGCACCACAAGAAUAUUACAAAUUUGAACUGAGAAAUGAUCAAAUAACAAUUAUUGACAAUGCAGAAAAAUUUUAUGAUUUGAUCAAUACUAAUUUAGCUGAGUGUAGUGUUGUAAGCAUUGACUGUGAAUGGAAGCCCUCAUUUGGAGCCUCACAAUCUCAAGUGGCUUUAAUUCAGAUAGCAACUUUAAAUGAUGUUUAUCUCAUAGACACAUUGAUACUUAACAAACAGGAAUAUUCAAGUUUCUGGUAUACAUUCCAUAAAUCUCUAUUAGACAAUGCUGAAAUCAUCAAAAUAGGUUUUGGUCUUGAGCAAGACUUGAGGGAAGUGAAAGCUUCAGUUGUCGGUUUGAGCAACAUAAAAGUUAAGGGUGAAGGACUUUUAGAUUUAAGUUUGCUUUGGAAAAGCUUGUUGGAGAGUGGUCUAACAUUACCAAGUAACAGUGACAAUGGUGGCAGCAGCCUCAGUUCUCUUGUGCAAGCAUGUUUUGGUUUACCACUUGAAAAGUCAGAACAGUGUUCCAACUGGGAACUCAGGCCACUAAGGAACACACAAAUACAGUAUGCUGCUUUGGAUGCAUAUGUUUUGAUGCAGAUUUAUUGCUUCUUGCAAAAUUUAUGCCAAGAACAAGAGAUAAACUUUGAGGAAAUUUGUAAUGAUGUAAUGCUAGAGGGAAAGAAAAAAUGUUUGAAGAAAACAAAAACAGAAAAACAAGCAAUGGAUAAACAUCAAGUUAAGUCAGCACAAGAAUUAAAACUUUUAGUUGAACCUAUACUUUCAAACUUAUUGACAUAUCUAAGAUGUUGUGGAGUUGAUACAACAGUGAUGCCAACAACAAUGUUGUGGUAUGAUGUUAUAAAUUUGGCUAUUUCAGAAGACAGACUGAUUAUAUUAUCUAAAUUAAAAUAUACUCCAACUAACAAUUUUCCUCAGAGUUCUAUAUUAGACGUAGGGAAAGGCACUGUAAAAGAUCAAGUGCAAAAAAUAUUUACCAAUUUUAAUGUAAGCAUUAGAGAGAGUGACCUUUUAUCUCGAUGUUUGAAUUGCAAUAGCCAGGAGUUACGAAAACUGUCACCUUCUGAAGUUUCUAGCAUUUGUAGUAACUACCAGUAUAGUGUAAGCUGUAAUAUAAAUUACCAAAGACAACUCAGUGAUGAUGAAGAUGCCGAGUAUGGCAAUUUUCUGAGUGAUUCAGAUUGUGAUGAUGAAAUAGUACAUCCAGUCCAAAACAUGUAUCACAAUAAUGUACCAAGUAAAGACUGUGUGACUAAUAAAGGAGUCCCAGUAGACAUAACCAAUGUUGACAAAUUAGCAAAAACACAAAAUCCAGGUGUUCUUUGUGACAGUUGUGGAAAACUGUUUUGGGAAGAUGAUGAUUUAUUAAAGCCUGUUGUUGGUAUAAUUUAUGAUAUGACUAAACUAGCCGUUAAGCUCCAUUGAAAUGCUACAAAAGAAAUAAUAAAACUAAAUUACCUGUAAUAUAAUCAAACAGCAAUAAAA